CUUCGGAGCCAAAUUUAUCUAGAAAGUUCACUUUGAACUCCCAAUUGUAGUUCUGUUUUAUAAUAAUACUCUGUAUGAGCCAUUUAAUCUAAUACAGUAUUCUGCAAUUCACAUUGUAGUAUUGCACGAGCGUGCAUAUUGUAGGUGCAGCUUCAAUUGGGGUUUGAUUUGAUAUGUUGUCUGUUCUCUGCUUGCAUUCCUAAUCAUUUGGUUCUGUUUGAGGACGCACAUAAAUAUGAGCGAUAGGUGGUGGUAUUUUUAGACAGCUCAAUCCAAUACCAUGCAGCCCACAUCAUGCUAACAUGCUUGUGCAGACAGAUGGGUGUUGAUUGGUCGGCGGUCGGGCCCAGCUCUUGCAGCUGCCGUCAUCCCGUCAUCAGACGUGCAUCUUGGGGGACGCUUUGCUGACUCAACUGCCUGGAUCCCUCUACAUUCUGCAUCCUGCUGCACGGUAGCCUUCACAUCAGGACAGACGUGAGGAGAAGGAAAGGAGAGGAUUAUUAUUUUCGCUGCAACAUCUACGCUUCCAAUUGCGAGCCACCAAAAAAAAUCUCCUAAGGUGAUGUGAACUGGAGGAGGAGGAGGAAGGGGGGAACCGCAGAGGAGCUGUCCGUCCGUCGUGGUGCUGAUGCGGCUGUGAGGCGAGCAUGGCUGCCGGGAAGUUGCUUCUCUACGCCGGGCUCUCGCUGUCUCUAUGCGCCCUGGGCAUGCUGGCGGUGGCGAUGUGCUCCGACCACUGGUACGAGACCGAUGCCAGGCGGUACAAGGAGCGCUGCCAGAGCUUCUCUAGUCGCCGCAAGGACCCGGGCUUCAUCUACAUCCCCAAUAACAGCCUGCCGCUGCGGGCCAGCCGGAGCGGCGAGGAGAAGCUACCCCUUGCCCGCAACCGGCGGCAGCUGUUCGCCAUGAGCGCCGCGGAUGAGUGCAACAGGCAGUACAACUCAACCAACAUGGGGCUUUGGAGGAAGUGCCACCGGCUGGGCUUCGACCAGGGAAUUGAAGAUCUAAUCCGGAAAGGUUCCAUUGCAAGAUGCUCCUACAUCAAGUACCACUACUCCUCGGCCACAAUACCCAAAAACCUCUCGUACAACAUCACCAAGACAAUAAGACAGGAUGAGUGGCACUCCCUCCAUUUGCGGCGAAUGACGGCAGGGUUCAUGGGCAUGGCCGUGGCCAUCAUCUUGUUCGGUUGGAUCAUCGGCGUGCUGGGCUGCUGCUGGGACAGAGGACUCAUGCAGUAUGUGGCCGGACUGCUUUUCCUGAUGGGAGGCACCUUCUGCAUCAUCUCCCUUUGCACCUGUGUCGCCGGCAUCAACUUUGAACUCUCACGUUACCCGCGCUAUCUGUACGGCCUGCCGGACGACAUCGGCCACGGCUACGGCUGGUCCAUGUUUUGCGCCUGGGGAGGACUGGGCCUCACCCUCAUCGCCGGCUUUUUCUGCACACUGGCGCCCUCCGUGCAGCCGAUACCCCGGUCCACCUGCCCCAAGUCUCGACAGGAGAACGGCACUGUGUGCUAAAUAGUGAAAGAUGGACAAAAAGAGGAAAAUGACUGUUCCAUUUGUUCAUCCAUCAGUUUAUCGCCAAUCUCUCCAAAUCUUUUAAUUUUAUUUCUGUGUUUUGGGUGUUUGAUAAUCUGCUAUAUUGAAAAAAAAUGAGAAAAACUGGCAAACUACAGAAAUAUAAUCAGAAAAAUACCAAGUUGUGCUUGUUUUAUUGUUGUGGAACUGGAACGGAAAGGAAAGGACAUUCCUGAUUGAAAUCUGGUGUUAAGCUAAACCUUCAUGAUGGACAAUGGACUGGGAAUUGGCCUCUUGUGACUAUGGACUACAAAAAUAAAAAUAUUAAAGGAUGAUCUCAAUGGAAGUUACUUUUGGAUUUGGCCUCUUGGGAUAUUUCUUUAAAGGAUGGACCCGACGGAGCAAACUAAACAACUUCCUAUCCAAAGUCCUUCCUAACUUUGGAAUGAGUGAACUGGAAGGGCAUCCCGGACCCAUGUUGUUGUAUCAUACUGUACAGAAUAUUCCAGAGACAUCAGGAAGUAUCAUUUCAUCCUAUUUUAGGUGCAUUCAACCUGGCGAUCCCAUACUUUAUCGUUUUUUACAUCAAUUUCCUUUUUAAUGAAGCCAUUUACAUUGUUAGAGCAAUUUUUCCCAUUCUAGUCAUAGAUGUAAAUGUACGUAUGAAGUGUGUUUGUGUGUGAUGCAGGGGUUCUGCAGAAAAAAAAAACAAAAAAGAUCAUAACGUGCAAAAUGGAGCCCAACAUUUUGGGUGUAGGAAGAUUUAGUAAUGGAGAGAUGCAGUAUCCUGUUUAGUCCACUACUAAAAUAUGAAGUAAUUCAGUCUUAUGUGGAAGAAUGGGCAGGGAAAAAUCAUCAUUUUGCUUUCAGUAGGACAAGUGACAUCGUUCAGUAUCAAAGCACAAGGUCAUGCAGAGAACACCAUCGGUGUAUGUCUACAUGGAGAUGAAAAUAAAUAUUCAUAUCCAUACGUUCAUCACUUACAGUCAACUCUUAAACACACAAAAGGGUAAAAAUUUGUCCAAUCAUGCACCUUACUGUGUUGACUGUGUGGUUAAAAACCAUGGCCGACAUCGACCAAAGGUCUUUGCAGGGGCAUGGGUGAGACCUGGCGACUAACUGGGACGUGAUGUAUUUAUAACCACUUUACAGUUUUGCGGGCCGUUUUUGGUCCCAUCUCAUCAGAUAGGUCUUUUUAAUUUCCUGGAACACAAUGGCUCACAGGAACCUUUUUAGCUCCAGGAACUAAAUUCUAUGUUACAAGAACCAGAUUCGGCUGUCGAAGAUCAGGUUGCCCAGGCGCCUGCCCUCUACCGCCACCCUAAACACAUAACACUGGACCCGUAUGCUUGCCCCCGUGUGUCUUCUUCCGGCUGGGCCCUACGGGUGAAGGCCCGACCACCAGGUGCUCGCCUACAAGCCCCUUCCCCGGCCUGGCUCCAGGGUGAGGCCCCGGUGUCCCACGUCCGGGCGAGGUGCGGUCUCUCCUCUUGUGUUUGUUUAUAGGGUCUUCUGAGUCACUCUUUGUCUGGCUCGUCACCGAGGACCUGUUUGCCUUGGGAGACCCUACUAGGGUUCCCAAGAUCACUCGGGCACUCAAACCCCUCCACCACGAUAAGGUGGUGAUUCACGGAGGAGAAGCGUGAGGUCGACAAGCGGAACGGCGCAGCCUCUGCAGUAAUGCGGUCGCUGUACAUAGUGAUGAAGGGAGCAGAGCUGGAAGGAAAAGCUCUCAAUCUGGAUCUAUGCUUCCACCCUCUCCUAUGGUCAUGAGAUCUUGGUUGUGACCGAAACAACGAGUUUCCUUCAUAGGGUGGCUGGACUCGCCCCAAGAGAUAGGGUGAGGAACUCGGUCUUCCGGGAGGGGCUCAGAGUAGAGCCGCUGCUCCUUCACAUUGAGAGCAGCCAGUUAAGGUAGUUUCUUGAACGCCUCCCUGGUAAGGGGUUCCGGGCAUGCCCAGCUGGGAGAUGCCCUGGUGCAGACCUAGGACACGCUGAAGGGAUUAUGUCCCACAACUGGCCUGGAAAAGCCUUGGUGUCCUCCCAGUGGAGCUGGAAGAAGUAGCCGGAGACCGGGAAGUCUGUGUUUUGCCACAAAGACUGCUGCCCCCGCGACCUGGUCCAGGACAAUCUGAAGAAAAUGGAAUGGAGCUAAAUUUACUAGGAACUAAAAGUUCCAGGACAUUUGUUGGAAAAGGGUCUUUAUGCUGUCCAGCACCAACGGUAGUAAUAGAAUACAUGUUGAGCACACAGACAAUAUACUGAGGGUACCAAUUAUAAAGGAAGUAAACCUUUUCUGACUUAGGGGGAAAACUUUACUGGUUAUUUUAGUUUUUUUUAUUGGAUUUUGAAGGAUUAACCUACUUUAUCACUCAUUCCAUUUGUGACUGUAUGCAGACAGAUGUUAAAAUUCCAGUAAUACGGCGUCAUAUGUUGUAGUUAUGUGUUUUAUAAACCUGGUUUGACCUCUAUGGAAAAGACUCGGUGCCUCAGUAAGCCAUUGAAACACCAGUUGAAUCACAUUGAGCCAGGCAUUAGCAUACAUUGACAAUAGGGUGUCGUACAAAUUUCUUUUUGCAUCAAAGCGUACAAGUAAAAUAGUAUUAUGGUGACAAAAGAAAUCAUGAAAACAAAGAACAAAGAAAAACAUUUUUUUAAGUCUUUUUUUGUUGUUUUUUUUAAUGAAUGCACAGCAUAGAUCCGGUCGUAUACCUUUUUUUUUUUAAAUGACCAAUUAUUUUUUAUAAAUAUAAAAUAUUAUAAUAAAAAAAUAUAUAUAAAUAAUUAUUUUCAUUAUUAUUAUGAUUUUGAAUUAAGUAAUUUUAGGAUUUACACACAAAUUAAUUGAUUUGUUUAGGGACCCCAUUCCAGCACUUGUGUUGGUGUCAGUACAGUGGAACCCACUUAAGUAGACACCAUUUGUCAACAACCCGUCUAUGUCCACCAACUCUAAAAAAAGUGCCUGCUGAAGUCUAUGUUGACUUACAUGGUCGACUGUUUUUGUUGACUUCAAAUUUGAGACCCAAAGGAGUAAUUUCUUUGAAAAAUCAGUCCGUUUAUGUCGACAUGUAUUGUUAACGUCAUCAUUUGGGUUAUGUCAAAAUCAGUAAAAACAAACCACAACAGGAAAGUCACUCCCGCCACCAACCAGUUUAUGUAGACACCCACUUGUGUCGACGUGAGUCAGCCCGAACCGAGGGAUGUCAUCUUAAACGGGUUCCACUGUACAAAUACUUUUUGAUCUCAGUGGUUCUUCGAGAGUCUUUGUACGUUCAUUCAGUCUGUGUGCGAUGUUCCUUUUGAUUUGCUGCUAAGGCAAUUGAGCAUGAAAUGACUUUAACCCUACCGGACAUCAAGGGCUGUGCUGCGUAAAUUUGCCUUGACAAAGGAAAGCAUGCAAGCACACAUUCAACACAUAGUAAGAAAAAAAUUGAAAAGGACAAAAAGUGUGAGAGUGGCAUAAGCAAAGCACAAUACUGCAAGUCAAGGUUUAAUUAAAGCAUCAGUGUGCCCAAAAUGGAAAAUGAUAUGGAAACAUCCAUUUACAAUCAAACUGCUGUAGACCAUGCUGCCGACCAUGACUACCAAAAUAUCACUGUAAUGCAUCAGUUGACUAGCUAGAACAGAUGUCGUGCAUAGGUAAGUGCAGACAUAAACCAAAGCCUGAAUCUUUUUCACAAAGAACGUUUCUCAUGUAGCUGAGCACGCAAUCUGACGAAAUGCAUUGAAAAGCACACAGGUACGAGAGUAUGUCAUGCAGUGGAUGUCCCUGGAAAUGAUUAAAAAGCAUUAGUUCCAACCUUAUCUGAUGUACCUGAAAGCAUCAUUCCUUUUUUAUUUGUUAAAAAAAUGACAGUGAUACUGCAACUUCCAUUCUGGACAGAAGCAAACAUGAUCUAUCGACCUUUAACAUCCGUAAAGUGUCUGUUAAGUAAACAUAAAAUAGGAUUUACAAAAAAAAAAAGAAGAAAACAUGGAAAUGUUCAACUGAAUGUAAAAAUCACAACAGAAUAAAUAUAAUCUGUGUGUUUACAAAUACUGUCCAUUGUUGUCCAUGUUGGUGGGA